GGCGGGUCAGUCUUGCACAGUCGUUGAUAAACAAAAGUCGCGUUUUGUAUUUUUGCGCUAGGACAAACGAGUUUGAAAGGUUUCCAAAUUAUUUGGUUGUCGCGCUCUUUAUAUGUUGGUGAGCUGAUUCGAUUAGGCAAGUCGCGAAAAAAAGCAAGAAACAAAAGAAGGAUUUGAGUUUUAAUUCGUGGCACGAGUGCCAAAGUUCGGCUUAUUGAUUCCGGAGUGCCAGCUUCGGGGGCACGUGUUAUCGUGUUGGCUGUUUUUUUUUUUGAAAGUCUGGGCAUAGUUUCAAUUCAAAUUUGAUUAGUAGUGUCGCGCCGCGCGCACACACGUUGGAAGGAGCUCAGCACAAAGGAAGUGGUAAAGUGCCAACUUGAAAAGUGAGCAAAAAUGGCCGCCGUCGCGCAGGAAACGUCCGAGCAGUGAAUGGCGAUGGUCCUGCUUGCGUGUGCUAAUUUACGCCACUGAUAACCGACGGUCAGCUUAUCUUAUCAGCUCGGGCGAGCACAUGCUCGAAUGAGUGCAAAAAACGGUGGUGAUUAAUUUGUUUUUGUUGUGAAAGGAAAAAGUGGAACACACGUAAUAAUAAUUUAAAUUCGAAGAAAACAAAAACAAUAUCGUAAAGGCGAAAAAGUGUGUGGCGAUAAACAUAAGAGAAGAGGCUUAAACCCGUUUUCACAAAAAUAGACAACAUUCAAACGCGGAAAUAGAGUGACCACUAGCGAAAAGUCGAAAAAAUUAGCAAAAUAAAAAGAGGCAACACUCAAGUGAAUGAACUCACAAAGUGUGCUGUAGCACAACAACAAAACACACGCGCGCUCCCGAGUACAUAAACCAGAACCAAAACAAGAAUAACAAGACUGAUCAGAUCACAACACUACUCACACACAGAAGCUGAAAAGUGGAAAAACCAGCCCCAUUAGACGCGCGCGUGUGUGUGUGUUCUAGUGGUGGGUUUUGCUGGUGUGUGCUGAAUAAUUCGAUAGUCACCCCCAAUUCCGAUUUGAGUCUGGUCAGCACAACCACGGAUAUGAGCGGUGUCGGUAACGCUCAAGGUCAUACCGGCUUCUUCAAUGUUCCGGAGUUUUACGAUCAGUCCAACAGCAGCCUAGGCCACUCCUCGAUCAAGCUAGAGUCGUCUGCGUCGCCCAGUCCAUCGCCGAGCAGCAACCAGCACCAUCAUCACCAUCACCAGCACAGCAUGAUGGACGCACUCAGCAGCAAUCCGAUCCUGACGACGGCGUCGGUUCCGAUUCCGUCCCGCAACAGCGGCGGUAACCAGCGGGUCGCCCCGGUUGAUCUGUCGGAGUACGUGUUUGAUAUUGAGCAGAGUCAGUCGCCGCAGAUGUUGCAGGACAUUAGCUUCAUCACGACCAGUGCUGGGACCAAUUUGAACACCUCGACGCCGGUGGACACGAUCUUUACGCUGCAGAACAUCUCCGAGAGUGGAUUCGUGAGUGAUGGUAUUCAGAUUGGGACGAUCAACAUGAGUGGAUUUGGAGGGCCUGAAAUUUGGAACACGGACUCGUUUGGUCAGAUUGUGUCUCCGUCGUCGACGGUUUCCUCCGUGGCGCAUUUGACCGGUCAGCAGGGUCAGUUUCACAUGGAUGAAGACGAUAUUUACCAGCUGGAUAAGGAUGAACUGAUUGGUGAUGCCACGCUGGGAGAUAUCUUUGCGACUGAUUUACUACACGAAGAUCUGCUGCUAUUGAAUCCUACUUUGAGCCAGCCGUCGCCGAAUCUCAGCGGAGAUAGUGGAAGUGGAAGUGCAAUUCAUUUAUCGCCUAGUCUGCCACAGCAAAUAUUACGAUCAAAUACGAAUGCAAACAACAAUAUGGCCAUGUCCGGCAAUGUGCAUCUGACGAACGAUCUGCUGCUUCCAGCAAACUGUGAAAUGUACGAAGAUCACACCCAAAUCUCCACUUCUCCGUACAACACUUCGAAUAAUGUCAGCUCUCCGGCGGCCUUUUCCCCUGGAAGUCACAGCUCCAGUCCGUCGCUGGGAUUCACACAAACGUUGACUCCGCCGACCCACAAUAGACUCCAUCAGCAAAUUCAAAUGAAUACCAUGAACAACAACAGCCGUUUGAUCAAGAUGGAAAAUGCCGAGAAGUCAAAGGCCCAGAAUGUGACCAACAACAACCCAGGCAACGUUGGUCAGGUGCAGUACAAUCCAAAGUAUUCCACCUUGCAGCAGCUGUUGAUGAGCAACACCGGAGCCGAUCGGAGCGGCAUGAUGCUGGGUCAAUCCGUGCCCGGAAACUCGUCGGUGCUGAUGAACGGAACUUCGCUCAGCCCGGGUGGAUUCAGCAAUCGCCGUAUGCUUCACCACCUGCAAGCGCAGGCCGGUUCCAGCACCAACUCGGGAAUCGGUGGCGCUGGCAGUGCUGGUGGCACGAGCGGUGGAACCAUGUCCCGGCUGUCCUCGUCGGCUCCGACUCACGUGGGCAUGGAUAUGUUGAUGUGGCAGCGCCGUGAACCCCGUCCGCAUCUGCUGUCGACCGGAAGUGUGGCCGAGGCAGGAUCAACCUCGUCACUGAGCACCGGCAGCGUUCUUAGCCCGGAAGCACCGGAUUUUUCACACGACGAAGGAUAUUCAGACGACAGCGAACACUACGAGGACUUUUCCAGCGGUGAUGACGAUUCCGACAUCGAGGAUGGCGGCAGAAGCGGUCCGUCGUCCAGCAGCUCCAAGGCCAAGCGCUACUUCUGGCAGUACAACGUCCAGGCCAAGGGUCCCAAGGGUCAGCGGCUGGUCAUCAAAACCCAAACCGAGGAUCCGCACGUGCUGAACGAGGUCACUGAUCCGGUCUUCAGCCCGAACUGCUCCGUGCGCGGUAUCAAGAACCUUCGUUUACAGCACAGUGGUAAAGCACGCAAGGGCGACGGUAACGAUCUGACGCCCAAUCCGAAAAAGCUGCACAACAUCGGCAAGGAGCUGGACAAGCUGGGACGCGUCAUCAACGACAUGACGCCGGUCAGCGAGCUACCGUUCAACGCGCGGCCCAAGACGCGCAAGGAGAAGAACAAGCUCGCGUCGCGGGCCUGCCGACUCAAGAAGAAGGCCCAGCACGAGGCUAACAAACUUAAGCUGUACGGCCUGGAGACGGAACACAAGCGCCUAAUCAACGGUAUCAACCAGAUGAAGCAGAUCAUUAUGACCAAGUGCAGCCAGGUCCCAACCGAAUCCGUCGAAGAGUGCUCGCAAAGGAUGGACGGUCUCGUCCAAACUGCAACCAAGAUCAAAAUCGCCGGAAACUCGACGGAGUUUGUCAACAAAAUCCUAGAGGUCCUCAAGGCCGGCCAGCACGUCAACAUCGACAAGGUGCUGGAGGAGUUUUAAUGCGGAUCGGUGCCUCCCCACCCGGCGGAACGAUUUGAUUGAUGAGACUGUAAGAUAAUACCUAGGAUGCUAAGCAGCGAGAGAGACGGAUGGAGGGAAAAAUCAAUUCUAUCUUUUUUAAUCACCCGAGAGAACUGAAAGAGGGCUCGUGCACAAGAAAAAAAAAUCAUAAAAAAACGACCGCCAUUUUUGUACGGUGCAUCCGCGGCACAAUAAGGAACCACCAUAUUGAACACUACGGUUAAGGGAGAUACGUGGAAACUUUAUUUUUCUGCUUGUGAAUUUGGCGGGACCGGUAAAACUGGACCCCCCGGAAAUCGAACGACGUGGUGAUAUCUGAUUGCGGUUGAACCGAGAGUGAUACAGCUUCGAGCUCAACAGAAGAAGGGAAAGUGAGGAAGAUUGGAUACGCCAGCAUGUAGUGCUCCUUAAGGUUUGUUGAGAUUAAAGGCUCGAACAUUUUAUUCAAGUUUAACUGAUUCGAAGAAAGAGAUGAAAUUGUUUGGAAACGAUGGCUGGGCGGGUGGUUUGUUUAAACUUAGGUUUGAGUGUGGCACCCGUUCGCAUUGGGCGACGAAAAUGAAACUGCUGAUGAUAACGUAUGUACCUUAUAUAUUCAUAUUAUAAACUAUAUCUUACUAUCAAGUUUGAUUAUAUCGAGAUAAGCAGGAGUUAUUUUAUCCUGAAACGAGUGGUAGAGUUAAGCAGAGCUGAGAACGGUCAGAGUGUUGUAAGUUUUAGGGCCGACAUAUUUUUUAAUCAUAUUACAAACAGCUAUAUUAUUCAUAUAUUGCCCCCCUCUCUGUUACAUAUAUGUAUUGGACGCAACGCUGUCCCAUUCGCGCAUGAUUCUAAGCAAAAAAUGCAUUAGGUUAGAUACUUUUUUACUUCGGUUUGCUUCGAAAAAGUGAAAAUGAUGUGUUUUGUUCUGUAAAUUACAGAGAGCUACCAGUGUAAGGGUGUAUAAUUCUUUUAUUGUUUCUCAAUUUGGAAAGCAGGAACGAAGACGACGAUGGAAAGUUUUCACUUUUUUGAAAUACUGGUUCCGGUGGCCGACGGUAAAUUGUUUCAACCAUCGUGUGAUGUACAAAUUGGAUCUAUCCGGAGGGGUCAAUUCAAACGAGGAUUUACAGUGCAUUUACAAUGUCAACGUUGUUGAAACAAUUUGCUUACUUCCAGAGCCCAAAACAUAGCACGUUUACAUAUAUAGCUUAUAGCAUUCAGUUUUGUUCAAGUUUUCCAUUUUCUAUUUUAGUUUGUUCUUAUUAAAACAACAUCUGUGAUUAUCUUUGUUAGUGAGUGUCUUUUCGGUUUUUACUUUGAAGGAAGGUAGUUUUCUAAACGAAAGAGCGUAGGGAUUGCAUAGUUUUAAGCGUAGGAUUGUUCAAUUCAAAAUCAAUUUAUUGGCGCUAGAUGAGAACGACGAGUAUAUUUGAUAAAAGAGAUAUUAGAAGGUUCCUAAAAUUGUUUGGUUUGAUUUGAUUACGAGAUGAGAGCAGAUUCCUUUUAAACACACGUUUCGUUCGUCGAGCUGGACUCAUUUUAAUUAAGUCAUGCAUUUCUCUGUAUUUUGAUCCAUUGCAUACACAAUUAAAGAUAAGUCCAACUUUUUCGCAUCAAUCAAUAAUUUCCGUACGAAAAAAAGCACAGAAAACAGCGAAAACGAGUAACAGCAGCCACGAAGAGAAACUAUUUACUUGGACUGAACGAAUUACACAGAUUUUGAAAUAACCUUGCGAAUAUCAUUUUAAGGGUACCUGCGAGAAGAAACGUGUAACAAAAAAAAAAACAA